UACAUUAGAAUGACAGUUGUGUGACAGCUACUCAGCUGCAUUUGUAAACUUUUCUAAACAGAGGAUUGCUUUCCUAUGCGAUGCGACUAAUGCGACUAUUGUGUUUUAUUGUGUACUAGCACGUAGUAGUACUUGAAAAUAAUUAUAAUAAUUUAGAUAUUUCAGCAGUAGACUUGUGUGUGCAAAGUUUCUCUAUAAGUUGUAAGAAAACCUUCAAUAUAUCGCUCCUAAGGGAACUACUCCGCAGACUCAUGGAAGAGAAUGCGGCAGAUAGUGACAGUGACCACCAUGAGCCAGAAUCAGAGGAGAUGGCCCUAGUGGGUGUCGAAGAUGGUGAAGCCGGAAUGGUGGUGAUGGCGGUGGGAGACGGCGGCGACGUAGAAGAUGGUGGUGGUACAGAUCCUGAAGGAGGAGGGGACGAUGAGGAAGUGCAGGAGUUUGACAUCAGCCUGCCAGCAACACACUCGUAUCUGGGUACAGACUUGGAGCAGCUAGGUGGGCGGCGAGUGCUGGAGGCUGGUUGGACAGGCCGUGUGCCCGGCAUGGCACACCAUGGAACUGUGUUCCCUGGAGAGACUGUUCCAAUGCUGCUGACACCUGAGACCCUCCGGGAUGUGAUUCUUCAGGAGCGGAUGUUCUGUCUUCUCUGUCCAGACGAAUCCGGCAUGAACGUGUCAGGCCUAGGCGUGCUAUGUGAAGUACUGGCUGGAGCUGCGGCGGCAGGCGUUGUAGCCCGGGCUUCUCAUCGCGUGCGGCUGAAGCAGCCGCGCACCCGCCUCGGACACGCCUUUAGGAAUAUGCAGAUGUUGGAAGUAGAGGUGCUACCAGAGCUGGCGCCUGGCGACCCGCUGCGGCCCUCCCGGCUCGCCUCGCUCGAUCCUCUCAGACGGCUGCAGGACUCGAGACAAGAGUGCAUUCUGCGGCGCAUGGACGCCGCGACGUCCCCCUGGCCGGCCUUCGUGUGGCACAUAUUCGACUACCGCCGCCUGCGCGCGCGCCUCACGGACCACUUCGCCACGCUCAGCCUCGACGACAAGAUGCCGCUGGACGCCGUGUCGCUGUCGUUCUGGGCGGCGUCGAACCUGACGCUGUCCGCGCGCGACCGGAACGCGUUGUUCGCAGUCGACAACGCGUUACUGCGGCUAAACCUCGCCCUACGCUUCAUAGACAAGUCGACGGCGCUGUGCUGCGGCACGUGCGGCGCCGAGCUGUCGCGGCGCUCGCACAUGUUCGCCAUGUCCAGCGACGGCGUGCACGCCAACUACACUAAUUACGGCGGCUUCAUGCACGACGUGGUGACGGUGCGCACGGCGCAGGGCACGCAGCUGGGCGCGCCCAGCGCCGAGUACUCGUGGUUCCCCGGCUACGCGUGGCGCGUGGCGCAGUGCGGCGGCUGCGGCACGCACGUGGGCUGGAGGUUCGACGCCAUGAGGCGGGCGCUGCGGCCGGCGCAGUUCUUCGCGCUGUGCCGGAACGUGGUGGCGCCGCGCGCCGAGCGGGGCGCCGAGCGGGGCGCCGGGCGGGGCGCCGGGCGGGGCGGCGCCGGGCGGGGCGGCGCCGGGCGGGGCGGCGCCGGGCGGGGCGGCGCCGGGCGGGGCCGCGCCGGCGACGAGGCCGACGCGCUCUAG